GAUGCACACGAAAGACGACCAAUCCAACCCUCGACGGGCACUCUCACGAUGAGUGGCAGCUUGGUCUUCUCUUGAGCCCCCGGUCCUCCUCUCCCACUCACAAAAAGACCUAACAGCACCAGAAGAGCUUAUCCACUGAUUAAGGGGAAAUGGCGAUGGUUUUAGAUGCUUUUGUGAACACUUUCAUCGAGAAGCUGGCAGAUCUCAUCAAAGACAGGGUUGUGAUGAUGUCGGAGGUGGAUGACGAGCUGCAGAAGCUCAAGGAAAGUCUAGAAACAAUUAUUUGCCUGCUGAAGGAUGCGGAGAGGAAGAAGAUCCAAGACUCGGCGAUCAAUAGGUGGGUGAGGAAGCUGAAAGAUGUCAUGUACGAAGCUGACGACAUUAUCGACCUCUGCAAAGCUGAGGAUGGCAGACCCGCCGAGGAAGAACCACCGUCGACGUCGUUGGGUCAACGGGUACGCUGUGGCUCCCCUCUUCUCUCAUGCUUUGGUAGUGUUCCCUUCCGUUAUCAAAUUGGUAUCAGGAUUAGGGACCUGAAUGAUCGACUCCAACACCUUUCUAAUGAUCACUUGAGCUUUAAGCUAGCUUCUAUUAAUCGACAAGCCUCAAUAAGUGCCAUUACCAGUAAAACUUCUCCGCUUCUGCCGCCGGACACCACCGGAAGUGUCAUUUGUAAUGCUACAGAUAAUCUCGUUGACUCGUUGAAUGAGGGAAAUGGACAAUCGCGUCUCCUUUUUGCUAUUACGGGCAUGGGAGGAAUAGGGAAGACCACACUUGCUCAGAAUAUAUUCAAUGAUUCUAGGAUUAUCGACAAGUAUCAAAUCCGAUUGUGGGUAUGUGUUUCACAAAAAUAUUCCGAGAUCGAUCUGUUAAAACAGAUGAUAAGAGGAGCAGAGAUAGAUCAUGGGCAAGCAACGGAGAGAGCAGAACUAGAACCGAUGCUUAGAAGGGCUAUUGAAGGAAAGAGCGUCUUUUUGGUGCUCGACGAUGUAUGGCGAGCGGAUGUAUGGGUAAACUUACUUCGUACUCCACUGAGCAGUGCAAUGGCCAUCAGAAGAAUUUUGAUCACCACCAGAGACAGAAAGAUCGCAAACCAGAUGGGAGCCGUGCAUAUCCAUAAUGUCAAAUUGCUGCGUGAGGACGAAGGUUGGGAACUGCUGUGCAGGAGCGCAUCGCUACAACGGAAGAAAGAUACCCAAGACCUGCGAGAUAUAGGAAUUGGGAUUGUUCGGAAAUGCCAUGGUCUUCCUCUGGCAAUCAAGACAAUGGGAGGCAUUCUAAUCACAAAGGAGAAAAGCCGGAGAGAGUGGGAAAAGGUGCUCGACAAUGAUGCUUGGACUAUGAGCAAGCUUCCUGAAGAACUCAAGGGAGCUCUGUAUUUAAGUUACGAGGAUUUACCGUCUCAUCUCAAACAGUGCUUUCUUUACUUUGCUCUUUUCCCUGAGGACUAUGAGUUUCUUCAAGAGGAUCUUGUUAAGCUGUGGGUAGCAGAGGGAUUCGUAGAAAAUGAAGGUAGCAAAUUCCUCGAAGAGACAGCCAAGGAGUACUUCACAGAGUUUACGAGGAGGAGCAUUCUACAGCCAAAUCCAGGGUUUGGAAGUACACGAAUUAGUAAGGUGCAUGAUCUGCUGCGAUCGCUUGCUCAAUUUUUGGCAGAAGAUGAAUGUGCCUACGGAAAUGCGCGUGAAAUAAAAUUCCCUACCAAGCAAAAGCUUCGUCGUCUAUCGAUGACAGAGGAAGGGAAUGUGGCAACACUACCUGAAGUUGUAUCGAGGCAAAACUGCUUGAGGACUGUGAUGCUCUUCAGAAGCCCCACAACGGUCCUAAAUGAAUCCUUGGUAAGACUCCGGUGUCUCCGCUGCUUGUCUCUCAGAGGAACCGCAACCGGAAGCAUCCCAAAUUCCAUCGGGAACUUAAUUCACCUGCGAUACUUAGAUCUAUGCUCUACCAGCGUGUCCAGACUGCCAGAAACAAUCGGGCAACUAACCAACCUGCAAGUGUUAGACCUCCGCUUUUGCAAGCAUCUGUGCACACUUCCUCGGGGCAUUACCAGAUUGUGCAAUUUGAGGUGUCUCAAUCUUUUUAUGGCACCGCUAGAACAUUUACCGGCAGGGAUUAUGAAACUGAAACAGCUGAAUUUUCUUUCAGGAUUUGUGAUCGGUGAGCGAGACAACGUUGGUAAUCGGACGCUGAGUGUUUGUGAUUUGGAGGAGUUGAAGUAUCUUGAUCGGCUCAGACACCUCAGACUAGAUAGGCUGGAAAGGUGCUUCUCUAAUGGGACUUCUCUGCUGCUGAAUAAAUCCCUUCUUCAGAGAUUACGUCUCUCCUGCACAUCCGAACUACAAUAUUCCGAGGAGGAGACGAAUCAGAUACAACAUGUCUUUGACAAUCUAAAGCCUCCACCAGGAUUGGAUGAUCUUAUAAUCGUUGGGUUUUUCGGCCGAAAAAUUCCAAGCUGGAUGCAGUCAUCGUCUUUGGCAACUUGUUUUCCUUGCUUGACGUGCCUGACUCUGACAAAUUUUGCAUCGUGCUUGCAGCUUCCACCACUGGGUGAGUUGCUGCAUCUGCAAUAUCUAAAAAUUAUCGGUGCAAACUCUGUAAUAAGCAUCGGGCUGGAAUUUCUUGGAGACAACGCAGCAACAUCAACUGUGUUUUUUCCUGAGCUUAAAUCGUUGGUUAUAGCAAAGAUGCCAAACUGGGAAGAAUGGUCUCUGCGCCGAGGAGGAGGAGGAGAAGCGGAAGAAGAAAUAGCGGCAGCACCAGAGCGGCCACUCGUAUUGCUGCCUAAUCUCGAGACAUUGAUUCUUGGGAAAUGCCCCAAGCUCAGAUCUCUUCCACAAGGCCUGCUGGAUCAUGCUACCAAAUUGAGGUCUUUGUUUAUUGAGGGAGCCAACGAGCUGAAAGCCCUGGAGAACAUGCCCUCCCUGAGUGGACUACUGCAAACCAAAGAUUGUCCUUCUCUGGAGAGGAUCUCAAACUUAGGGGCACUCGGGACUCUGGACAUAAUUGGCUGCCCGUCACUCGUGUGUGUGGAGAAGGUCGAUGCACUGAAACGCCUGCAAAUGAGAGAUGCUCCCAUGGAGCGCCUCCCCGAGUGGUUGCCGGGACUGGUGCAUCAGCCCAACAGCAGUUUAGUUGUGGUGGUUGUAUGCGACGUUCGUCUGCUGGAACGAUGCAUUAGAGGAGGCGAAGACUGGCACAUCGUCCAGCAGAUACCUGCCAUCAGCUUAUAUGCAGACACUGACAGAGGAAGUCGAUAUGUACACUACAACAAGGAGCCCGUCAGCUACAACACCAACUUCAGCACAGAAUGCCGGUCAAGAGCUUUUAUACUAUUGCGCGAGGAUCGGCUGUACAUGGAUUUGGCGCAGCGACCGAUCCUCGAGUGGCGAGAGGGUACCUUCGUGUCGUCGUCGCCCGGAAUGCAUGGAACGGCAUCAUGCGGCGCCGUCCCAAGCUUUUCGGGAUGGGACGUACCGAGGGGUGCCUCGCUGGCCGAUCUCAUCCAAGACAGGGUUGUGAUGAUGCUGGAGGUGGAUGACGAGUUGCAGAAACUCAAGGAAAGUCUGGAAACAAUUAUUUGCCUGCUGAAGGUUGCGAAGAGGAAGAAGAUCCAAGACUCGGCGAUCGGUAGCUGGGUGAGCAAGCUGAAAGAUGUCAUGUACGAAGCUGACGACAUUAUCGACCUCUGCAAAGCGGAGGGUGGCAUACUCGCGGAGGAAGAACCAUCAUCGGCGUCGUUGGGUCAACGGGUACGCCGUUGCUUCCCUCUUCUCUCAUGCUUUGUUGGUGUUCCCUUUCGUUAUCAAAUUGGUAUCAAGAUUAGGGACCUGAAUGAUCGACUCCAGCAUCUUUCUAAUGAUAACUUAAGCUUUAAUAAGCUAGCUUCUAUCAAUCGGCAAGCCUCAAUAAGUGUCAUUACCAUUAAAACUUCUCCGCUUGUGCCGCCGGACAUUACCGGAAGUGACAUUUAUAAGGCUACAGAUAAUCUCAUUGGGUUGUUGAACAAGGGAAAUGAACGAUCGUGUCGCCUUUUUGCUAUUACGGGCAUGGGAGGAAUAGGGAAGACAACACUCGCACAGAAGAUAUUCAAUGAUUCUAGGAUUAUCGACAAUUAUGAAAUCAGAUUAUGGGUGUGCGUUUCAAAAGUAUAUUCCGAGAUCGAUCUGUUAAAACAGAUGAUAAGAGGAGCAGAGAUAGAUUCUGGGCAAGCAACGGAGAGAGCAGAACUAGAACCGAUGCUUAGAAGGGCUAUUGACGGAAAGAGCGUCUUUUUGGUGCUCGAUGAUAUCUGGCGAGCGGACGCAUGGGUAAACUUACUUCGUACUCCACUGAGCAGUGCAACGGCUAUCAGAAGAAUCUUGGUUACCACCAGAGACGGAAAGAUCGCAAACCAGAUGGGAGCCGUACAUAUACAUAAUGUCAAAUUGCUGCGUGAGGACGAAGGUUGGGAACUGCUGUGCACGAGCGCAUCGCUACAACGGAAGAAAGAUAUCCUAAACCUGAGAGAUAUAGGAAUUGGGAUCGUUCGGAAAUGCCAUGGUCUUCCUCUGGCAAUCAAGACAAUGGGAGGCGUUCUAAUGACAAAGGAGAAAAGCCGGGGAGAGUGGGAAAAGGUGCUCGACAAUGGUGCUUGGACUAUGAGCAAGCUUCCAAAAGAACUCAAGGGAGCCCUGUAUUUAAGUUACGAGGAUUUACCGUCUCAUCUCAAACAGUGCUUUCUCUACUUUGCACUUUUCCCCGAGGACCAUGAGUUUCAUCAAGAGGAUCUUGUUAGACUAUGGGUAGCAGAAGAAUACAUAGAAAAAGAAGGUAGCAGGUUGCCGGAAGAGACAGCCGAGGAGUACUACACAGAGUUUAUAAGGAGGAGCAUUCUACAGCCAAAUCCAGGGCUUGGAAAUAUAAAAACUACUAAGGUGCAUGAUCUGCUGCUUUCGCUUGCUCGAUAUUUGGCAGAAGAUGAAUGUAGCAACGUAAAUGCUCGUGAAAUAAAAUUCCCAACCAAGCAAAAGAUUCGUCGUCUAUCGAUAACAGAGGAAGGGAAUGUGGCAAUAAUACCUGAAGUUUUUUCCAGGCACAACUGCCUGAGAACCUUGAUGCUCUUCAGAAGCCCCACAACCGUCCUAAAUGAAUCCUUGGUAAGACUCCGGUGUCUCCGCUGCUUGUCUCUCAGAGGAACAGCAACCAGAAGCAUCCCAAAUUCCAUCGGGGACUUAAUUCACCUGCGAUACUUAGAUCUAUGCUCUACCAGCGUGUCCAGACUACCGGAAUCCAUCGGGCAACUUACCAACCUGCAAGUGUUAGACCUCCGCUCUUGCAAGCAUCUGUGCACACUGCCUCGGGGCAUUACCAGAUUGUACAAUUUGAGGUGUCUCGAUCUUUUUAAGGCACCACUGGAACAUUUACCGGCGGGGAUUAUGAAGUUGAAACAGCUGAAUUUUCUCUCAGGGUUUGUGAUCGGUGAGCGAGGCAACGUUGGUAAUCGGAUGCUGAGUGUUUGUGAUUUGGAGGAGUUGAGGUCUCUUGAUCGGCUCAGACACCUCGGACUAGAUAGGCUGGAAAGGUACUCCUCUAAUGGGACUUCUCUGCUGCUGAAUAAAUCCCUUCUUCAGAGAUUAUGUCUCUCCUGCACAUCCGCUGCCGAACGACAAUAUUCCGAGGAGGAGACGAAUCAGAUACAACAUGUGUUUGACAAUCUAAAGCCUCCACCAGGAUUGGAUGAUCUUAUAAUCGUUGGGUUUUUCGGCCGAAAAAAUCCAAGCUGGAUGCAGUCAUCGUCUUUGGUAACUUGUUUUCCUUGCUUGACGUGCCUGACGCUGAAAAAUUUUGCAUCGUGCUUGCUGCUUCCACCACUGGGUGAGUUGCCGCAUCUGCAAUAUCUGAAAAUUAUCGGUGCGAACUCUGUACUAAGCAUCGGGCCGGAAUUUCUUGGGGACGACGCACCAACAUCAACUGCGUUUUUUCCUGAGCUUAAAUCGUUGAUUAUAGCAAAGAUGCCAAACUGGGAAGAAUGGUCUCUGCACCGAGGAGGAGGAGAAGCGGAAGAAGAAAUAGCGGCAGCACCAGAGCGGCCACGCCUAUUGCUGCCUAAUCUCGAGACACUCAUUCUUCGUAACUGCCCCAAGCUCAGAUCUCUUCCACAAGGCCUGCUGGAUCAUGCUACCAAAUUGAGCUCUUUGUUUAUUGAGGGAGCCAACGAGCUGAAAGCCGUGGAGAACCUGCCAUCCCCGAGUGGACUACUACAAACCAAAGAUUGUCCUUCUCUGGAAAGGAUCUCAAACUUGGGGGCACUCAGGAAGCUGGAGAUAAUUGGCUGCCCAUCACUCGUGUGUGUGGAGAAGGUCGAUGCACUGAAACGCCUGCAAAUGAGCGAUGCUGCCAUGGAGCGCCUCCCCGAGUGGUUGUCGGGACUGGUGCAACCCCCCAACAGCAGUUUAGUUGUGGUGGUUGUAUGCGACGUCCGUUUGCUGGAACGAUGCAUUAGAGGAGGAGAAGACUGGCACAUCGUCCAGCAGAUACCUGCCGUCAGCUUAUACGCAGACACCGACAGAGGAAGUCGAUAUGUACACUACAACAAGGAGCCCGUCAGCUACGAAACCAACUCAGCACAGAGUCAUAAAAUGGAUCAUGGGUUUUGUGAAGAGGAUCUUGUUAGGUUCUGGGUGGCAAAGGGAUUUGUAGAAAAUGAUGGUAACAACUUGCUUGAAGAGGUCACCAAAGAGUUUGAAAGAAGGAGCAUUCUACAGCCGAAUCCGGAGCUUGAAGGGUUCGUGAUCGGUGAGCGAGGCAACGUUGGUCAUCAGAUGCUGUGUGUUUGUGAUUUGGAGGAGUUUAAGUGUCUUGAUCGGCGCAGACACCUCAGACUAGAUAGGCUGGAAAGGUGUUGGAACAUGAAGGGAAAUUGGGGUGGCUGA